CAAUAGUGUAUGUGUCAAAUAAAAAUGUCAGGUACCGGAUUGCUGUGCUCCUACAGAUUUUCUCAAAUCGUGGUUAUUUUACUAGUCCUAGUGGAUCUUCGCCACGUCCAAGCUAAUGUAAACAACCAUUUGGCUGGCGUGCAUCGACGCUUCGAAUACAAAUAUUCAUUUAAGCCCCCAUAUUUGGCUCAGAAGGAUGGCACUGUGCCCUUCUGGGAGUACGGAGGCAAUGCGAUUGCCAGUGCGGAGAGCGUACGCGUGGCACCGUCAAUGCGUUCACAAAAGGGUGCAAUCUGGACCAAGUCACCAACGAACUUUGACUGGUGGGACGUAGAGAUUGUCUUCCGGGUAUCUGGUCGUGGUCGUAUUGGCGCCGAUGGUCUGGCAUUCUGGUACACCACAGAAAAAGGAGAUUAUAAUGGCGCUGUAUUUGGUUCCUCAGAUCGUUGGAAUGGUCUGGGCCUAUUUUUCGACUCCUUUGAUAAUGAUAAUAAACAUAAUAACCCAUAUAUUAUGGCUGUGGUAAACGAUGGAACUAAGGCAUUCGACCAUCAAAACGAUGGCACCACACAACUACUGUCUGGAUGCCUGCGAGAUUUCCGCAAUAAGCCUUUCCCGACACGCGCUCGCAUUGAAUAUUACAAUAAUGUAUUAACAGUGUUGUUCCACAAUGGUAUGACCAAUAAUAACGAGGAUUAUGAGAUGUGUCUUCGAGCUGAUGGUGUCCAACUACCCAAAAAUGGUUUCUUUGGAAUUUCGGCUGCGACUGGAGGUCUAGCGGACGAUCAUGACGUCUUCCACUUCCUAACUUCAUCUCUACAUCCGCCCGGUCAAGUUCCAUCAGAUCCUGUGAAAGUUCCAGAGAACUCGGAAAAGCUGACACAGGAAUACAAGGAAUACCAGGAGAAGUUGGACAAACAGAAGCAGGAGUAUAAGAAGGAGCAUCCUGAUGAGGUCAAAGAUGAUGAUGAGUGGGAAGAGUUCUUUGAGUCAGAAAAUCAACGUGAACUGCGUCAAAUAUGGCAAGGUCAAAGUCAAAUUUUCGAGCAAUUGCGGGAUUUGUCUCGUAAAGUAGACGAAGUAAUAGGCCGCCAAGAGAAUACUCUGUCUUUGGUAUCAAGAAAUGCGGGUGCUGCAGUUCAACAACAAGUGGGUGCACCAGGAAGCGCCGGCGCACCACCUGUUGCCACAGGCACGGUGAGUGGAACCAUCACAAGACCAGAAGUCGAUCUCGUUGUGGCGAACCAAAACGCACUGCUGGCAACUGCUCGCGAGAUUCGUACACUAAUUGGAGAGAUUCAAGCACGUGCCGACACAAUUAUCAAAAACCAACAACGUGCGCCCACAGCUCAAGUGCAAGCGGCUGGUUAUGAUAUUCAGUCCGUUAUCGCUGAGAUGCGAGACGGUAUGAAUCAAGUGAAACAGGGUAUGGCACAUGUUGGACAAAAGCUUGGAUCGCCACAGGCUGGUUCACAAAUCGCUUGCCCAACUGGAAAUUGUGUUGGGAUAACUUUGUUCCUAAGUGUGACCGUUGUGCAGCUGCUGCUGGUGUUCCUGUAUUCAUUCUUCAAAAGCCGCAGUGAAGCUCAAGCGAAGAAGUUCUACUAAGCCAAAUUCAACAAUAAUAGGAAAUUAUGUGGAACGAUUGAGUCAAUUUUCUUUCUGCAUGUAAAUCGUUUGUAAUGUCUAUCAUCUUUUUAAUUCGAUUAAGUUGAAAUGAAGUGUUCCAUAAACCUCUCUACAACAUUUAGUAAAAAAAAAAAAAAAUCGGAUAAAUGUGCAUAGUAUAUGCGAAGAGAACAAAACGUGAACAACUAAAAUAGAAAGGAGUGAUGAACAAUUCAUCUUAAAUACGAAGUAAUUAAAGUUUUAAAGCUUGCUCAACAUUGAUGUUUUCAAGAAUGAGAUGGUAUGAAAUUUGUUAGCGUGCUUUACGUUUGCCCGAUAUUUAACGUAAAAUCCAUCAUCUUUCUCGCCCGGUGCUCUCUCGUUCUAGAUUGAAAUUAUAUGUACAUACUUACAUAUCGCACGUUUAAUAAUAUAGAGAUGUAAUUCAAAAUUUAUGUUUAUGGAGAUUUCAUCAUCCAAUUAAGCUCAAUAAGGAGAAUAUAUACAGCCUAAUAGAUGACUAAACUUCCCUAAAAUGGCGAAGAUGUAUGCCAUUCCAUCCUGCUUUUGGUAUACCAACUGUAUGAACUGAUCAAACUUUGACUGCGUUUUCCCACAAAAUUUAAAUUUUCAAAUAAUUCGGCAUAUUAUUAAACAUGAGAUAUGUGUGCAUGGCUCUCUUUGUUCAUACUGACAUUAAUAAUGUUAGAAAUCUAGGAAAGUUAGUUAAGAUUAUAUUAUCGUAAUUUUUCUUUUUCUACUUUUUACAUUGCUCGUAUAACAUCUUUCAAUAUUACUCUCAGUUGUGUUAGAAAUCAUUGCAAAACACUUUGUUUUUCGGCAUACGUACCGAAACAUACUUAAUUUAUAUCUAUGUACUUCGUGAAUGUUAAGAUGUUAUUUAAUAUAAUCAUUCCAGUCUAAUGAGAAUUGCGAUAAAUGUUUAUUAAACUUUAUUUUGAUAUAUAUUAGGUUGACUAUGAGCAUUAAAUUUAGAUUUGAAUUGCAGUUUUUUCAAUUGAAUUUUAUAAUAAAAUUUUAAAAAUUUGGAA